AUGAGCACUAUCGACAUGGAUAAGGAGCGUCAAUUGAUUUCUACAUCCUCAGAGUAUCUUUCGACCCUUUUCAAGGUGCAUCAGCAACAACAUCCGAAAUUAGAACUACCAAAAGUCUUAAUUAUUUGUGGUUCAGGGUUAUCUGGUAUAGCACGUCGUCUUGAAGCAGAAAAUCCAUUGCCUCUGACUGUAACAUAUGAAUCAAUCCCAGGUUUCAAGAAAAGUACUGUUCCUGGCCAUUCAGGCUCCUUGGUAUUUGGAACGAUGAACGGGACUCCCGUAGUGUUGAUGAACGGUAGAUUACAUGGGUACGAAGGUCACACAAUAUACGAGACAGUGUUUCCUUUAAGAGUUAUAAAUGACAUGGGGACAGUAAAGACGGUCAUUGUCACUAAUGCAUCCGGUGGGUUGAAUUCAAAGUACAAACCAUGCGACCUCAUGUGUAUUUACGAUCAUAUCAAUUUUCCUGGACUGGCUGGAUUACAUCCUUUGAAGGGCCCAAAUUUCGACGACAUAGGUCCAAGAUUUUUGCCAUUAAGUGAUGCAUAUGAUCUUAAACUGAGAAAGUUACUAUUCGAGAAAUUCAAUCAAUUAAAAUUAAAUGAAAAUAGGAAGUUACAUGAAGGUACCUACUGCUUUGUUUCUGGCCCCACUUUUGAAACAAGAGCUGAAUCAAGAAUGAUAAGGAAUUCUGGUGCAGAUGCUGUCGGAAUGAGUACGGUGCCAGAAGUUAUUGUUGCAAGACACUGUGGCUGGAGAGUAUUGGCAUUGAGUUUAAUUACUAAUAGUGUAGUAGUUGAUCCACCUGCUAGUGCUUUAGACAAAAACCCUACUCCUCUGGAUAAGGGAGUCGCUUCACAUGGUGAAGUUCUAGAGAAUAGCAGAAUUGCGUCAUUGGACGUUGAGAAGCUGAUUGCAGCAGUUGUUGAAGAUCUGUGA